AUGAGGACGCUGAGAUGGCUCUUGUUCUUGCCCCUGUGCCUGUCCUGCAGUCAUGCCUUCAUGUUCUCGUCUCUGAGGGAGAAAGGCAGAGAGCCCCUGGGCAAGGUGCCUUGCGGAGGGCACUUCCGGAUCAGGCAGACUCUUCCCGAGCACGCCCAGGGCUGGCUGGGGAGCAAGUGGCUCUGGCUCCUGUUUGUGGUGGUGCUGUACGUGGUGCUCAAGUUGCGCGGAGACAGUGAGAAGAAUAAGGAUCAGAAUCCUCCUGCCCUUAGAGGCUGCUCAUUGCGCUCUCCACUAAAGAAAAAUCAAAACGCUUCCCCCAACAGAAACCAUGCGUUCAGUACCUUAACCCAACUCGAGAUGGACCUCGUAAACUUUGUGUCGAAGGUGCGGAAUCUUAAAGCCACCAUGGCAACCAGCGGUCGCCUCAAGCUCCACAACGCGGACUUACUUGCAGAUCCGCUGAAUAAAAUCACAAUAUAUGAGAUAUGGGGGGAAGAAGAGUCGGACUGA